AGGAAGCGCAGUGAAGAACUUCUGCGUCUGAUUGAUUUAGACUUCUCCAUCACCUUCUCUCUGCUGGACCUGCCUCCGGUCAACGAGUAUGACAUGUACAUCAAGAAUUUUGGAACAGCCAAUACAAAACAGGCUUAUGUGCAGUGCAAUGAAGACAACACUGAUCGAGAUAUACAAACAGAAGAAGUAAACAUGACAGACAAAUGGACACAACACCCACCAGAAGCAAAUGCAGCAUGUGGAGGGUCUAAGGCAACUGAAGAUAGUGCAGAUGAAUCCACUUCAAGAAUAAAUACUAAUUCUCAACGGCUGACUACUUUUUUACGUUCUGCUGCACAGGUGAUGGCUGUUCUGAUAGAGGAAAAUAUGGCAGAGAGUAAUUCUGUCAGAAGACUUCGCUCUCAAACUGACGCACUGUCCUUUAGUGAUGGCUGCAUUCAACUCAAUACCAAACUCCCCUUUCUGCAUGGUCGGCAGGUGAGUCUGCUGCAGUUCUCUCAGGUCCAGAGACAGACUCUUCUGUCUGUUCAUCCUCCUUCCUCCAAAAGCAGUGCUGUACGUCUUGACGGUGAGACAAUCAUCUGUGUUUGGAACAUCUGGGAGCCAUCCAGACCCCAAAAAAUUCUUCUUUAUGAAUCUGAGGUAAGGUGUUGUUGUUUCAGUCCUGGUAAAGUUACACUAGUGUUUGCUGGUACAGAAAUAGGCUCAGUGGUGGUAUGGGACCUCAGAGAACAUUCUGGCACUCACUUGAACUUGGUGGUUGGCAAGGAGGUGUGGACACUACGCUAUCCGACCUUCUCAACAGAUGCUGUGCUUUCAGUGGUGGGUCAUCUCUCUCCCGUCGUGUCCAUUGAACCUGUACUGGCGACUGCUGAUACAAGUUCAAAGAGCACACUAACUGCAGACAUAGAUGAGUCUCUGGGACUGUCAUUCCAGUUAGGAUCUCUGGAUGAAAAUGGAGUGUUAACUCUCUGGGUUGUGGUUGAGCUGCACAAAGGAAAUGAUUCUGGUUCUCAAACAGACCUAGGUCUGAGGCCCGGUGGUAAAGUUAAACUGCUCCACAGCUCCUCUCUACAGACCACUGAGAAAUCACCUCAAGAUGUUAUAAUGGGAUUUGGACCUCCUGUGAGCCUUCAGCUAAAGUUCCUCCUGUCUGACUCAAACCAUUACUUCAUUGGUACUAACAUGGGUCUGGUUAGACAUGGUACAAGGCAUAGCUUAAAAGUUCUUCCAAAGUUCUACAGAUCACAGUUUGAUAGCUGUAGACCGGUGGAGGUCACAGCACUUGACUUCAGUCCUUCCGGGGAACCUUUGUUCUUGGUUGGCUGCAGUGAUGGAACAGUCCGAUUGCACUCUGUCCUGAGAGAAGAUCCGUUGAUGGAAUGGUCUGGAUGUUCCAGUGGCGCUUCCAUUCUGUCUGUGCAAUGGUCUAAGACUCGGUCAGCUGUGUUCUGUGUUCUGGAUGCUGCCUCUGAUCUUCACAUCUGGGACCUGACUGUGAAGGAUUAUGUGCCAUUCGUCACUGAGAAUAUACACAAUGACCGGGUGACAGCCAUGGCAGUGUUUGGUGAGCCAGCCAAACAGAACACAUUUUCUGGUGUUGCGCUCGCCAAGCAGUCCGGCAAGGUGGAGAUUCAGUAUUUUAAGGAGUCACUCACAGUGCCGAGCGCCUAUGACAAAGAAAAACUUAAGUCUUUUUUGCACGAUGCUUUUUUGAUAUGAGAUAGAUUCUCAUCCAAAUCAAGCAGAGGUCUAUCUGAGCCCAGAUUCAAAUGAAUUUCCAGUUAAAUCCAUAAUAAGCAAAUAACAGAAGGAAAACACAAAGAGACAUUAGAGAAAGUCAUGCGCAGUAUGGGCAGACCUAGUGAAUUAUAUUUCCUUGUUACAUCAAUAAGGUACCUAAAGCUAGAACUAUGGUGGCUAGAACAGCAUGAAAAGAAUGAGAAAUGGUUGUUUAAUACUGUCACAGUGGCUACGCUUUUUGGUCUGUACAAAUAACAAAGGAAUUGAAUUAAAAUUGUUACAUCUGAAAUUUUGCUGAUGUUAGCUAGAACAUGAUGGUUUUGUUGCUGGAAGCAGCAUUUUGUAAGGUUAGCUCAAACGCUAAAGGGAGCACAUAAAUAUGCGCUUUCUGUUCCUCAGGGAUAUAAAGACAUUAUAUCCAUUUUGUAUUGUUUUACAAUAUGUACAGUUGAAUACUUACACUGUGUAGCAUUUGAACAGGAAUUAUAUUUCUUAUUUAUGAUCACUAUAAUUUCUUCACUAUCAAGUCUACUAUCAUACUGUAAUUAUUAAUGGAUAUUUUUAUUAAAAGGCAUUUAGACUUUUUUUUUCUCGUUCUGUUCAUCACUAUAUUAGCAACUGCAGCUGCACACCGAGGACUGUCACCCUCACUAAGGAUUUUUGUCAUCUUUUGGACAUGGACACCAAUUAUAGUUUGUCUCUGAGGCCAACUGCAUUUUCACACC